AUGGCAACAACUAAAAAGUGUCUUUCAGAGGCUCUGAAUGCGAGAAGCGAAGGAUCUGGCGCUGAAACUGUGGUGCUGGCUCAUGGCUACGGCAUGGACCAGUCGAUAUGGGACAAAGUGGUUCCCUUGCUUGUCGAAAAUUACCGUGUUGUUAGGUUUGAUUGGGCUUGUGCUGGAACUGUGAAGAAUCAGGGACUCUACCACCCUGUCAAGUAUUCCUCUUACGAAGCUUUUGCCGAUGACUUGAUCACUCUGCUGCACGAGAUGAACCUCAAAGCUGUCACUUUUGUGGGCAACUCCAUGUCUGGCAUCAUUGGUUGCAUUGCUUCUGUCAAAAGCCCUCAACUUUUCAACACCCUUGUUCUCGUUGGUUCUUCCCCAAGGUUUCUAAAUUCAGAUGAUUAUGAGGGAGGCUUUCACAGGUAA